AUGAUCCAACUGCUUCAGGGCCAAAAAAGCCGCGCUUAUCGCCCAGCAAUUACAUCUGUACCCAGUGGCGACUUCUCUGGCAUCACCACAAAUCGGGCUGAUUACGACCAGAAAAAGGUUGUCUCCAGUGAAUGUCUCCAGUUCACGUUCUCCACUUCAUUAGAAGAAGAGGAAACUCAUUAUGCCUGCAGUUUUCAGGCGAUGCGACCAGUUCGCCCAGUAAGGCCUAGAAGUAACGAAAUCGAACAUGGACGGCCAUUCGAAGGACAUUCCACAUACCAAGACGCGACUCGUCAACGGUCGAUGCGUCCUAAAGAGACGAAUUAUGCAUCGACUGACGCGUUUGCUGGAAAGACCACACAGAGAACGGAUUUCACCAAGAAGAAGGUGGACAUUUGUCCAGCCGAGAAGGUGUUGAGCAGAAGAGAUCGUACGUACGAGUUUUCGAAUACUCGCAAUGGUCACGACUUCUACCACCAUCGAAUUACGCACGCAUCGCGCUCGAAUUCUGCGCUCGUUCCAGUUGCAUGA